CACCUCCACACCCACUCCUGCCGUGCUGCAACACUCUUCUGCACGCGCAAACACGCGCACAACCAUCACCAAAUCGAUCCAAAUCAUCAAACACGUCCAGACACGUUCGUACCUGACGCGCAGACGUGUCGAGCACGCGCGGAAAGUGUUUCGAGACUAGGGAUUCCGCCGUCCCAGGCGCAAACAGUCGCGUUGCGACUGCAAACACGACAACCACACAUCAGCUCUGCUGCCCAACAUGGCGAGCUCACAGGCACUUGGUGUCGGCGACGGCAGCAUGCCCGACGCCAUGAUGCUCGACACGCCCGACUACACUGAUUCCGAGUCGAACCCCACAGGCACCGCCAACAGUGUCGCUGGUGAUGCUCCCAAGGACGGACGCUCGAAGCGAUGGGAGGGCAAUUCGUUAAGGAAGAGCAUGCUUGGAAAGAAGCAUGACCGGCUAGGCGAUAGCAAGGAGGACGACUCGAUCAAGCGAUUUCGAUACCUGCUUGGCCUAACGGAUCUAUUUCGCCAUUUCAUCGAUACGAACCCAAACCCCAAGAUCCGCGAGAUCAUGCAGGAAAUAGACCGCCAGGAUCAGGAAGAGGCUACUCGCGCGCAGGCUGGGAACAAGCGCAAGGGCGGUGCCGGCGGCGAUAGGCGGCGGCGGACGGAAAAGGAAGAAGACGCCGAGUUGCUGCGACAAGGCAAGCAAGAGGGCAAGACCGAACACACCAUAUUUCGUGAAAGCCCGCAAUACAUCCAGGGUGGUGAAAUGCGAGACUAUCAGGUGGCUGGUCUGAAUUGGUUGAUCAGCUUGCACGAGAACGGUAUCUCGGGUAUCCUCGCAGACGAGAUGGGUCUGGGCAAGACGUUGCAGACUAUCUCGUUUAUCGGCUACCUGCGAUUUCUGCAAGGCAUCACGGGGCCUCACCUCGUCGCCGUGCCCAAAUCGACAUUGGACAACUGGAAGCGAGAAUUUGCAAAGUGGAUCCCGGAGAUCAACGUGCUUGUCUUGCAAGGAGCCAAAGACGAACGUCAGGAACUCAUUCAAGACCGACUGGUCGAUGAGAAAUUCGACGUCUGCAUUACGUCCUACGAAAUGAUCCUUCGUGAAAAGAGCCACUUGAAGAAGUUUGCAUGGGAGUACAUCAUUAUUGAUGAAGCUCACCGAAUCAAGAACGAGGAAUCCUCCCUCGCACAAAUCAUUCGAAUCUUCAACUCAAGAAACCGACUGCUGAUCACCGGAACACCACUUCAGAACAACCUGCACGAAUUGUGGGCACUCCUCAACUUCCUGCUACCAGAUGUGUUCGGAGACGCCGAAGCUUUUGACUCGUGGUUCAACAAUCAAGAUGCCGAUCAAGACACUGUCGUGCAGCAAUUACAUCGUGUCCUGCGUCCCUUCUUGCUUCGCCGAGUCAAGUCUGACGUCGAGAAGAGCCUGCUACCAAAGAAGGAAGUCAACCUAUAUGUCGGAAUGAGCGAGAUGCAGAUCAAGUGGUACAAGAGCAUUCUGGAGAAGGAUAUCGAUGCUGUCAACGGUGCUGCAGGCAAGAAGGAGAGCAAGACUCGUCUGCUCAACAUUGUCAUGCAGUUGCGCAAGUGCUGUAACCACCCUUAUCUCUUCGAUGGCGCCGAACCUGGUCCCCCAUACACAACUGACGAGCAUCUGGUCAACAAUGCAGCGAAGAUGGUCAUGCUUGACAAGCUGCUCAAGCGAAUGCAAGCUCAGGGCAGUCGUGUCUUGAUCUUUUCUCAGAUGUCGCGUGUUCUUGAUAUUCUCGAGGAUUACUCUGUCAUGCGCGGCUACAAAUACUGUCGUAUUGAUGGCUCGACUGCCCACGAGGACCGUAUUGCGGCGAUCGACGACUACAACAAGGAAGGCUCUGAAAAGUUCCUGUUCUUGUUAACAACUCGUGCUGGUGGUUUGGGCAUCAACUUGACGACAGCCGACAUUGUUGUGCUUUUCGAUUCGGACUGGAACCCACAGGCCGAUUUGCAGGCCAUGGAUCGUGCUCAUCGUAUCGGUCAGAAGAAGCAGGUCCAUGUGUUCCGCUUUAUUACCGAGAAUGCCAUCGAAGAGAAGGUCCUGGAGCGUGCAGCUCAGAAGCUUCGUCUCGAUCAGCUCGUUAUCCAGCAAGGACGUGCACAGCAGCAGGCCAAGACUGCUGCAUCUAAGGAUGAGCUUUUGGGCAUGAUUCAGCACGGAGCAGAGACGAUUUUCGAGUCGAAGGACGGAUAUGGAGCCUUUGGCAAAGGUGGUGAAGCAGAUGAUGACCUUGAUGCGAUCCUACGCCAUGGCGAAGAGCGCACGAAAGAAAUGGCUUCCAAAUACGAAAAGCUUGGUCUGGACGACCUGCAAAAAUUCAAUACAGAAGCAGGCGCGGCUUAUGAAUGGAACGGCGAAAGCUUCAUCAACAAGAAGAAGGAGAUUGGGCUCAACUGGAUCAACCCAUCGAAGCGUGAGCGCAAAGAGCAGUCCUACUCCAUGGACAAGUACUACCGCAAUGCUCUGAUGACAGGCGGACCUCGACCCGAUCCAAAGCCCAAAGUUCCCAGGGCACCCAAGCAACAAUCUUUGCACGAUUAUCAGUUCUUCUCGCCGCGCCUUGGCGACCUGCAGGAGAAAGAGACCGCCUGGUUUCGAAAGGAGAACAAUAUCAAGGCGCCUCUUGCCGAUGGAGAGGAAGACACUCUGGACCAGCGUAUGCAGGACCAAGAACUGGAGCAAAAGAAUAUCGACGAUGCUGAGCCUUUGACCGAAGAAGAGGUUGCCGAGAAGGAGCAGCUUGCGUCCGAGGGCUUCGGUGACUGGAACAAGCGUGACUUCCAGCAAUUCAUCAAUGGUAGCGCCAAGUAUGGUCGCAAUGACUAUGAAGGCAUUGCACUUGAAGUGGACUCCAAGAACCCUAAGGAAGUGAAAGAGUACGCCAAGGUCUUCUGGAAACGCUACAAGGAAAUUCAUAAUUGGGAGAAGCACGUCUCGGCCAUCAAGGAAGGUGAGCAACGCGCUGCCAGAGUCAUUGAACAGCGCGAAAUGCUCAAGAAGAAACUCGCCAUGUACCGCGUGCCUUUGCAACAACUGAAGCUUAACUACACUGUCAGCACGACGAACAAGAAGGUGUACACCGAAGAGGAAGAUCGAUUCUUGCUGGUCAUGCUAAACAAGUACGGAAUCGAUACGGAGGGACUGUAUGAGAAGAUCCGCGACGAAAUUCGCGAGUCCCCACUGUUUCGCUUUGACUGGUUCUUCCUCUCAAGGACUCCGCAAGAAAUUGGCCGUCGUUGCGCAACGCUCAUCACGACUGUCACGCGUGAGAUGGAAGGUGGCAACAACAAGGAGAACAAGCGAGCCGUUGAGGAAGAAGAUGAUGAGGAGGAAGAGGCUCCGGCCAAGAAGAAGGGUCGUACUUCGACUGGUGGUGCCAAGAACAAAGCUGUCAACGGAGUCAAGGGCACUCCCAACGGCACCUCGCGCGCUGGCAGCGUCGAUACCACCGGCUCUGGCAGCGUUCCUGCGAAAGGCAGAGGCAGACCAAAGAAGAAAUAGAUGCUUUGCUUCUCGGGUCGCAAAUGAUUUGAGGCAUGACGGGCUUUGAUCGAGCGGUGUUCUGGCGUUGUUGGCGUACACACUGAGACGUAUGCUCUGGUGAAAGGCAAAGUGGUUUGGUUUCAGUAAUGCCAUACCCUGAAGAUUCAGCACGGAGCUGCUGUGCUUGCAAGAGUGAAAGAAAGGAACGAUGAAGAGCAUUGCGGCAUAAUGUUCUAUGAUCGAGUACAGCUUCACAGGUUUGCAAUAGUACUUCUGCUGAACUCAGAAGCAGCAGAUCAAUUGAGCAUUGUUCUUCGUUCAAUUCUCCGAUUGUCUUAUCAAGCUGAGUGAUGGCC